AUGCAGAUCAUGGUUUGUUUGGCAUCCGUGUAUGGAGUGUGGACUAUCAGAGACAGAAAAUGGUAUUUUGAGGUUGAUAAAACGAGAGGAGGUAGAAUGUUCUACCUGCAGGAUGAUUGUAAACAUGAAGAGCUGGUUGAAAUGGUUGUGAACGACUACAUGUUGCAAGUUAAUGGCGAGCUGCUGGAGUUGUCAUAUCCAUUACCAGCUGCUAUGAUGGAGAAAUUGCCAACGGAUUCACCUCCUAUGUAUGUGACGAACGACAGACAAGUUGGGAGCUUGGUGGAGUUAUGUAAGGAGCAUGUGGUCCGUCUUUGCGUCUCGACCCGCGUUGGUAUGGGAAGGAACUACAACGAACCAAUACAUGAGUGUGUCCAAGAAGAAAAGUCUGAAGAGGUGGAUAAAGAAGACACGUGGAAGAAGAAUUCGGUGAUGAAGGCUGGGAUGAUAACGAGUCUGAUGAUUGCUGAUGAUGUCGACAACCCCGACGAUAUCGAUGCAGAUUAUAGUAAGUAUGGCAAGGUGAAAGAUGAGGAAGAGGGUGAAGAGAGUUUGUCUUUCCGUGAAAGGCUCCGUAGAGGUGUUUGGAAUGGUGGAAAUGGAGGGUUCACAGGCACUUGGUGUGACACUAUUCUGGUAAAUCACAGCUAUGCCUCUAAAGAAGCCCUUCUUUCUGAGUUGCGACUGACGGCUGUGAUGGCAAGAUUCGCAUUUAAAGUCUACAAGUCCACUACGGAUUUGUUUGUGGCAAAAUGUGUUGUCAAUGGAUGUGCAUGGAAGUUGAGAGCAGCUGUGAAGAAUGAACCGGAUUGCUUCUGGGUUACCAAGUACGUAAAGGGUCACACUUGUUCAAUUAUGGACCGUGUAGCUCACCGUAGACGAGCUACUCCAAGAUAUAUUGGACAAUUGUUUGUGGAGCGGACUGGACUCAUAGAUGGAAUUGUCCCUCGACAAAUUGCAGAUUCGAUGAGGAUCAUGUUUGGUCUGAAUCUUACCUAUACAACGUCAUACCGGGCUCUCAAAUUCGCUCAAGUAUUUGUCAGGGGAACUCCAGAAGAUGGAUAUGCUAACCUUCCUUCCUACCUUAGAAGACUGAAGCAAGCAAACCCUGGCACUAUAACACACCUGCUCUGUGAUGAAGAAGAUCGCUUCAAGUACUGUUUUGUGGCGUUAGCGGCUUCAACAGCGGGAUUUCAGUACUUGAAGAGGGUUAUUGUGGUUGAUGGAACACACCUUACUGGGAAAUACGGAGGCACAUUACUCGUGGCAUGUGGACAAGAUGCAAACUUUCAAGUAUUUCCUCUAGCAUAUGGUGUUGUUGAUGCGGAGACUAAUGAGUCUUGGGGAUGGUUUUUUGAUAAAUUACAGACUUGUUUCUCACCACAUCCGAUGGUCAUUGUUUCAGACAGAGCAUUGUCCAUUGAAAAUGCUUGUGUGAAUGUGCUUCCAUGGGUCACUAGAGGAAUAUGCUACUACCAUCUUCAGCAAAAUAUUAUCAAGACAUAUGGUGGUAAGGAGCUUAUGUAUCUGGUUAAAGGAGCUGCUUAUGCCCACACUCUAGCUGAAUAUAAUCGGUGCAUGGACUCACUAAGAGCUGCGCACCCAGACCUCGCAGCAUACAUGGAGUUGGCCGACCCUAAUGAUGUACUCAAUAUUUACAUCAUUUAG